AAACGCAGACACACGACGAGCCUGUAGCGCCCGCUGCCUGCCAUGGAAGCGUCCCUCAUCCCGACGCAGCAGAGCCUGCAACCCCGCCCACGCGCCUCGCGCUCCCCGCCCACUGCUCGCGUAGCCCCGCCUCCGCCGCGCGCAGCCCCGCCCCUUCGCUGGCCCAAUGCGCCUGCGGGCCGCGCGCGUGCUCGCUAAUCCCCCGCCUUCCGGCUCCGGCGCGACGCGCUCCCGUCGCUGCUGUUGCUGCUGUUGCUGCCGCUGUUGCCGCUGUGCCUCCGGUGUCGGCGUCCCCAGGGAGCCUCCAUUUGCUCUCCGUGCGGUCCGGCCGCUGAGCUGCCAGGCGGGAAGCGAUGCCCGCGGCCGGCGGACCCGCGUCCUCUUCACCCAGCCGCUCGCUGGCCGUCCGGUGACACCCUGGUCGCUGGCGUCCGGACGGAACCCGGGUCCGUCGCCGAAGGAGAGCAGCCCGCGCUCCGCAAGCUCGCCUGGCGGGCAGGCCCUCGCUCACACGGCUUCUCUGUGACCUCUUAAUUUGAGGAGGUUUCAGAGGCUCCAAGUACCUAUACAGCCCCACAGAAACUACUUCCGUUGGACCCUGGAAGAUCAACUUUCUCCAGGAUUAUUGUAACAUCUUCACCGUGCCGCCUUCACCCAUAGUCUCUACCUUGGAUUCUGAUUUCCACCAAUGAAGUUUUUUGGUGCUUUCUUUAAUCAUGUGACAUCACCUAUUGCCCACCGGUCUCCUUUCCAGUGGCCAAAUCCAUUAGGUAUAAGUUUGUGUUGCGUUCAAGUACAGUUUCCUGCCUGUCCACUUUCACUUCUUUUGCACUUUUCACUUUUGUUCAGCACAUCUUAACUUGCUUGUUAGGAUUUUCCUAAACACUUUCCUGUGCAACUUACAUUAGUCCUUUGCUUAGAAGAGACAGCAUUCCUCAGUUCACUUCCUGACAAAAAUAACAUAAGGAAUUAACUUUUCUCAUAUUUUCCUAUAUGUCAACUUUGCAAGACUUUUCUUAAUUUAAACUCUGUUUUUUCUGCUCAUGUCUCCAAAUACUCAACCUGAGUCUUCCUGGUUUUAGCAAAGAACCUUACCUGCAGUAUGCAGUAGGAUAAUUUUAGAGAUCUUAGCAGUGUAGUAGUAGUUCAGUUUCUAGACUUUGAUAACAUUUCAAGUUUUAAAAACACUGUAUAUGAGGAGGAAGAAAAUAAAGAUGGGGUUAAUUGAUGCUGUUCCUUUUUAUAGGAAGUAUGUGAGUUUUAAAAUCCAAGUGAAGCGACUCUUUUAGACUUUUAUCUGUGAAUCAGCCAUCAUACUAAGUAGGACACAGGAACAAUCUUAAAGUCCAAUUUCUAGCUUCUUUUCAAAUCUUAAGUUGUUAAUUAAAAAUAUUAGACACUUAAAAUGUUGGGGAAACGUAAGCGUGUGGUAUUGACAAUUAAAGAUAAACUUGACAUUAUUAAGAAACUUGAGGAAGGUAUCUCUUUCAAAAAACUUUCUGUGGUAUAUGGAAUUGGGGAGUCAACAGUUCGUGAUAUUAAAAAGAACAAAGAAAGGAUUAUAAAUUAUGCAAACAGCUCAGAUCCCACAAGUGGUGUAUCCAAACGUAAAUCUAUGAAGUCAUCAACCUAUGAGGAACUUGAUAGAGUGAUGAUAGAGUGGUUUAACCAACAGAAGACAGAUGGGAUUCCAGUUUCUGGAACUAUUUGUGCAAAACAAGCGAAGUUCUUUUUUGAUGCUUUGGGGAUGGAAGGUGAUUUUAAUGCAUCAUCUGGCUGGCUAACUCGAUUCAAACAGCGCCAUGGUAUCCCAAAGGCUGCUGGUAAAGGAACAAAAUUAAAAGGAGAUGAAACUGCUGCCAGUGAAUUUUGUGGUAACUUUCAGGAAUUUGUAGAGAGAGAGAAUCUACAACCAGAGCAAAUUUAUGGUGCUGACCAAACUGGGUUGUUCUGGAAAUGUCUACCAUCAAGGACAUUAGUUCUUGACACUGAGCGAAAUACUGCUGAGUAUAGGUCAAGCAGAGAAAGAAUCAUUAUAAUGUGUUGUGCAAAUGCCACAGGUUUACACAAACUUAAUCUUUGUGUUGUGGGGAAAGCAAAGAAACCCCGUGCGUUCAAAGGAACUGACCUUUCAAACCUUCCUGUCACUUACUUCAGUCAAAAAGGUGCAUGGAUAGAGCAGUCUGUUUUUAGACAGUGGUUUGAUAAGUAUUUUGUGCCACAAGUACAGAAGCAUUUGAGAUCCAAAGGUCUUCUAGAAAAAGCAGUUCUUCUUUUAGAUUUCCCCCCAGCACAUCCAAAUGAAGAACUAUUGAGUUCAGAUGAUGGCAGAAUAAUUGUGAAAUAUUUGCCAGCAAAUGUUACAAGUCUGAUUCAACCAAUGAGCCAGGGAGUUUUAACCACAGUAAAAAGAUACUACCGAGCAGGACUUCUCCAGAAAUAUAUGGAUGAAGGAACUGAGCCAAAAAUGUUUUGGAAGAACUUGACAGUGUUGGAUGCAAUUUAUGAGGUAUCUAGGGCUUGGAACAUGAUAAAAGCAAGUACCAUAACCAAAGCAUGGCGAAAGCUUUUCCCUGGCAAUGAAGAAAAUUCAGUCAUGAACAUUGAUGAAGGAGCCAUUUUAGCAGCUAACUUAGCGACAGUUUUACAGAAUACAGAAGACUGUGAACACGUUGACAUUAAGAAUAUUGAUCAGUGGUUUGACUCCCAGAGUAACAACUCCAGCUGUCAGGUGCUGACAGACAGUGAAGGUGCUGAGGACCAUCCCAAGGCUGUUGAACGAAAGCCUUCAAGUAAAACUAAAAAAGCAGAGUUGAAUCCUGAGAAGCAUAUUAGCCAUAAAGCUGCACUUGAAUGGACUGAAAAUUUACUGAGUUACCUAGAACAACAAGAUGACAUGCUUCUGUCUGAUAAAUUGGUAUUACGGAGGCUUCGGACCAUAAUAAGAAGAAAACAAAAGAUCCAGAGUAACAAAAGUCAUUGAUUGUGCCCCUGAGUGUUUCAGUAUGUUUUUAUCUUUGUGACUUUUUUUGCAGUGGAAUUUACCUUGUUUGAAGUGCUGUGGAUUCUAAGGCCAAAUUCAUUUUAUAAAUGAUUUUAGGAUUAGAUGCCAUUUUAGAUUACCUAAUCACAGGUCUUUAAUGUUGACUGGUUGGUAACUGAGCAUUAACAUGGAACUUGUCUGUCUACUGUUUUUAAUCUGUAUUAUACUAAUUAGAUUAUAAGACCUCAGGCGGGGGGUCUGUCUGUUUUGUGCCUGAAUUUCAGUGUCUAAUAAAAGUCUAUACACAUAUAGGCACUCAAUAAAUUUUAUUGAAUUGAAUUUUUUAUGACUUUGAAUUUCAGUUUCCAACUUGAAAUAUGUUAGUGAUAAAUUUGCAUUUUCAAUGCUGAAACUCUUAGAAGAGCUCAGCAAAGAUUGUGCUUGAAUAUUCUCUGUAGUUGCAGAAAACUGAAGGACCUUAAAGCUAUAAAUGUGGCAUUUCUUACCAGUACUAUUUGGGCAGUUUAGAUUGGCCAUCUCUGAGAGAAGAAAAGUGACCCCCAAAAGGAAAAGAUUAAAAUGGUUCCAGGGAAAGUGUUUACAUCUCACUUUAAUUCCAUCUUACUGUAGGGAGACUUCCUUCAGAGUUGUAAAAUAAAGUUCCAGAAAGGUAAAUUUGCUUUCCCAGAUGAUUGCAGAUAGAAGAGAUGAGGAUUAAAUUUUAUUAUUUAUCAUUUUGAUUCUUUGCAGAAAUGUCAGUGGUUUUUAUCUUUAAUAAGCUAUUUGAUGUGUCAUUUCAAAGCUUACAAAGUAUGUCAUUGUUUUUAUAUAAUGCAUUCUGUGUAAUGCCAAGAAUAUAAGCAUACACAUAAUUUGUGGAACCAGCACAUGGCCAGUGGACUAACAUCUAGAAGAAGAAAGAGGCACUGUAGAAGACCACAGGUGGCUGUAUGACCAUGGGCAAGUUACCUAAGUCACCAUCUGUAACAUAGGAGUGAUGCCUGCUCACCUCCAAGGGGGUUCAUGAGUUAGUUAAGCCUUUAAAUAAUAAAGGCUUAGAACAGAGUAAUGCACCUUGAGUGUUAAUUACUGUAAGCUAAGCAGAUCUUGUGUGUGACUCUUAAGUGAUAUUACAUUAGGAAACCCUUUACAUAGGAAGUGAAAGAUGUAAUUAGUUUUGCUGAAGUACAAUAAUUACUUAAAAGGGUUAAUCCAACUUAAAAAUUGUGUAUUGACCAACAAGUGGUAGGCAGAAUGUGGUAUGCUAGCACGUUUAAGAUAUUGUAAGCUAAUUAUAGUAGGAAAUGGGAGUAGAAUUAUUUAUUUCUUUGCUCCAGCCUAUAGCACAUUGCUAAUAAAUAGGUUCUGGCUUUGUUGAUAGGAGAAAAACUAUGUGGAUAUUGGUGUAAUUUACUGGAGCAUUAAAAUACCUUCAAAGUUGAUAAGAUGGCAGGAAGCAGGACACUUGGAAUAUUUUAUCAAGCUAAAGUAACAGAAUCUGUAGAAAAUUGGAGCAGAAGAAAGGGUGCAGGAGACCAUGGAUAUAGUAAUGCUGUCCAGCCCUUCGUAGCAACAUUGUGAUUUGGUUUGAGGAUUUUAGAGCCCGUGGCUGAUAUUUUUUUCUAAUGAGCCAUUAGUUCAGAAUUCUGCAUUUUGAACUACAACUUGGGUUCUAGGAUGACUCUUCCAGAAGAUCUGUAGGAAUCUACUUUCUUGGGAAGAAUUUCAUGUCAUUAGCACAUUUGUCUGCACAUUUUCAUAUUCCUCGUAGACUUGAGGAAAUGGGAUUUUGCACAGAUAAGUCCUGAGGCUAACUGGCUUUCUGGAGAUGAGGCUGAAACUCAAUAAUGGAAAAAUCUACAUUUGAUUACUUUGUAUUUUUUACUAAUAAAAUUUUUUCAAAAUCA